GCAACAGAGUACAAUUCUUCUUGUACUUGUGUCAUUCCAGUUCAAUUUCAUUCUCUUUGAAUUGCUGGAUUGUUGUUAUAAAUUCUCUAGUUAUUCUUCACUAAUCUAAGAAAAUGGGCAAGGAAAAGACUCACAUCAAUAUUGUCGUGAUCGGUCACGUAGAUUCUGGGAAGUCGACCACCACAGGUCACUUGAUUUACAAAUGUGGAGGUAUUGAUAAGCGAACCAUUGAGAAGUUUGAGAAAGAAGCUCAGGAAAUGGGUAAGGGCUCUUUCAAGUACGCAUGGGUGUUGGACAAACUGAAAGCUGAGCGUGAACGUGGUAUUACUAUUGACAUUGCACUUUGGAAAUUUGAAACAUCAAAAUUCUAUGUCACCAUCAUUGAUGCCCCUGGGCAUCGAGAUUUCAUCAAGAACAUGAUUACUGGUACUUCACAGGCAGACUGUGCCGUGUUGAUUGUUGCUGGUGGGGUAGGUGAGUUUGAAGCUGGUAUAUCCAAAAAUGGGCAAACACGAGAACAUGCAUUGCUGGCUUAUACUUUGGGGGUGAAGCAGCUAAUUGUUGGUGUCAACAAGAUGGAUUCUACUGAGCCACCUUUCAGUGAGGCUCGUUAUGAGGAAAUAAAGAAGGAAGUAAGCAGUUAUAUUAAGAAAAUCGGUUACAACCCUGCUGCUGUUCCGUUUGUCCCGAUCUCCGGUUUUCACGGAGACAACAUGAUUGAGGCUUCCACAAACCUUCCUUGGUAUAAAGGGUGGGCAGUCGAACGUAAAGAAGGCAAAGCUGACGGCAAAACUCUGCUUGAGGCUUUGGACGCCAUUCUACCGCCUUCUCGCCCUACAGAUAAGGCGCUCCGUCUCCCUCUUCAAGACGUUUACAAAAUCGGUGGUAUUGGUACAGUGCCUGUUGGGCGGGUUGAAACCGGUAUUAUUAAACCUGGUAUGGUCGUGACUUUCGCUCCAUGCCAGUUGACGACUGAAGUCAAAUCUGUCGAAAUGCACCAUGAAGCACUCGAGGAAGCUUUACCUGGUGAUAACGUUGGUUUUAACGUCAAGAACGUCUCCGUCAAAGAGUUACGCCGUGGUUUUGUCGCUGGCGACUCGAAGAACAACCCUCCCAAGGGCGCUGCAGAUUUCUUCGCUCAGGUCAUUGUAUUGAAUCAUCCCGGGCAGAUCGGCAAUGGAUACACUCCUGUGUUAGAUUGCCACACUGCCCACAUCGCUUGUAAAUUUGCUGAAAUUAAGGAAAAGUGUGAUCGACGUACUGGCAAGACCACUGAAGCAAAUCCGAAAUUUAUUAAAUCAGGCGAUGCCGCAAUGAUUACUUUGGUUCCAAGCAAACCCCUUUGUGUUGAGUCUUUCUCUGAUUUUCCUCCACUGGGACGAUUCGCCGUUCGUGAUAUGCGGCAAACUGUGGCUGUCGGUGUCAUCAAAUCCGUCAAUUUCAAGGAUUUGGGAGCUGGUGGUAAGGUAACGAAAGCUGCUGAAAAGGCAGGUAAAAAGAAAUGAAGAUCAGGGUUGAUCAUUCUAACGACAUGAUGUUAUUUGCUGAAUCCGAAAAAUAGCAUUUCAUUUAAUUUUCAUCUUCAAGCUGUUUAAUCUAUUGCAGAAAAAGUGAGAAAAGCGAGCUUGUUUCGAUUUUACCAAAUUGUCUCCAACUUUUUAUGUAGCGAUUAACUUUCUGUCGAUUAGAGAAGCUUAUAUUGAAAUGAAUGAAUAAAUGAUGUGUACAAGAUA